AUGAAGCGACGCAUAUCUUUUCAAGAUCAUUCGCUACUGGCAAGUGGCAAUGAGUUACUAAUUGAAAAUCAUUUUGAUCUUGACAGUGAAGUCGCUUCUAGUGAGAAAGAAACGCAAAGUUUUUUAACAGCGACCCAUGGGUCACCGUACGCACUCACAUUGACAACAUUUCUUACAGAUGCUUCGUAUCUACACUACGUGGUGCUUACUGCAGGCCACCCGGCACUUAAUGCAGAGAAUAUCAAGACAGCGGCAGCUCAAUGUCGCUCAGAUGUGGGUAAAACAAAUGUGGAACGAUCAAACAGUGCAGUUGAGAGGGUACAGCGUUUAGAAGUCGUGGCUGCAGAUACUAUCACAGUGUCAAAGGCGCAAGAAGUGGUCCGAACGAUAGAAAACUUGCAACCAAAUUCGAGUUACGACGUCUACUUCGUUGCCGAGGUAGUCGGAAGCAACGGCGUCUUUGGACCAGUGCAAUCGGUGCUUCAGUCGAAGACUCAUUCAGAACCUCCACAUAUUGACACGAUGGCUGUAGAACCGGUAGAUGCGACAGCAAAUACGAUGCUAAUCAACGCCACACUAUCAACUCCAGGACGUGUGUACUUUGCAUUAAUUCCAAGUGAUGAUGACGUUCAGCUUACCAUCGAAGAUCUGGUUCAGAAUCGCUCCGUUCCUCGUGUAGCAUACACGCAAUUUACAGCACAUACCAUGGAAUCUCAUGAAUCGUUAAGUUUUGAGUUAUACGUAAGCGGUUUGAUGUCGGCUACAUUAUAUGAUGUAUUUGUCGUUACGGAGGCUCCUGGCCACGGCCAAGUUCGAACUCAAGUCUUUCAAUAUCCUAAAAAAUGUCGUACACAUGCGCUUCCAUUGGAGAUUGUUACACUGGCCUGCUCGCCGCUUAAUGCAAGUGCGACAGCUCUUGACUUAAAGUUUCGAUUAAAGAUGAACCAACAAGAUCUUGAACGCGUGAAUCUCAAGACAUUGUCGUACUUUUUGUACAAUCUUCAUUAUGAGGUCACAGCUUCAUCCGAGAAUUUUACUGUCACAUCUAACUCGGCGUUAGCAUCAUCAAAUGAAACAGGCUCAACACACAGCACUAAUGAUACCAGCGUACAAAGCGGUAACACAACUUGUGGUAUAUUCUCUACGCCAAACUUUUCAAGCGUCGAAGAUUUUCAAUUAUGGAUUAAAGAAAGUCACGAUACAAACAUCACGGGGCUCCAAAGUGGAACAUUGUACAAAGUAAAGCUUCGUGCCGAAACUGCAGGUAGCAAUGGACUAUAUGGACUUCAAGAGCUAACAACCCAGGCUAUGACAUAUGAAGAAGCACCUUUUAUCGUUGGAGCUACCAUUUAUGCAAUUAAUGAAAGUGUGGACUCCCUUGCUGUCGUUGUUGAUUUGCAACGACAGCAAGGCAAUAUUCAUUACAUCCUAACAGAUCAGAGUGAAGCAGCUGACAGCCUCCGUAGCGUAUUCCAGCAGGCCACAAAUCUAAACCAUCUUCUGUCUCUUCUAGGUGAUCAAUUCUCUCACACCUUCGAGGAAAGUGCUUACACAAUCGGUGUUUUUGAAUUUUAUUCCAAGGAGCACGUCAGUUCUGUAGAUAUAAACCCAAAUGGUGCGAGAACUGAAAAAAGAACCGAAAAGACAGAAUGUGAAGCAUUCACACAGCAAUUUAACAUUUCAGGGCUAAAAGACGCGACUUUAUACUCGAUUGUUCUUUUUCCCGAAACAACAAGGCAUUCACAAAGCUCUGGUGUCUUUGGCAGCACGUUUCAGAAUGUCUUAGAAGCUCGCACAAACGAGAAUGCAUCAGACAUAGUCGUACAUUCUGUUGGACCUCUUUAUGGAGAUCUUGGUGCCAUUCAGUUUGAAGUAAGCAUGACCAAGCCGAAUGAUAUUCUCUAUUUAUGUAUAUCAAUGGUAAAGUCGUCGGAAAGCGAUCAAAACGAAACAUUACACGAUUGUCGAGAAGUUGAGGACAAACACAGCGUAGAAACGUCAGUCCCACCAUCUGAUGUUACCAUUUUUACGGUCGGGAACUUGAGCGAAGACACCAACUAUAAAGUCAAUUUGUAUGCUGAAAAUGCUCUUCGUAAUGGUGUAAUGAGCUUACGCAGUGAAAAUAAAGUCGUCCGAACACACAAGCGUGCACCUUCAGUUAUCGAGGCGACUGCAAGACCGAUAGCAGCUACGAUUUCGCAGAUCGAAGCGAUUGUGGUAGUGGAGCCAGUUUCCUCAUGCAUAAUCCAUUAUGUUGUUCGAGAAGCUCGAGAUUCACAUCAGACCGAAGUACAGACAGACGUGGAUGCAACUACAAUCGUACAACAAUCUUUUGAGCGUAGUGAAGAUACUCGCUCUCAUUUUCAAGAUCGAUUACCAUCCUCUAGCUCAUCUUUUAUCUGCAGCGGAAAUAUUUUCUAUAAUCCUAACAUUGUCGAUUCUGCUAAAUUUCAAGUAAAGAGCUUGGACGCUAACACGACAUAUGAUGUGUUUAUCGUGACGGAGAUGAGUCGAGAUGGAAAGAGUAGUGGAGUGUUUGGCGAAGUGGUAACGAUAAAUGUUACAACUCACGCUGUUGCACCGAAGCUGGUUUUAGUUACGGUGGAUCCUGUCGAUGGCAGUACAGACAGCAUUAUUAUAACUGCCAAUCUAUCCCACCCGGGAGUGGUACAUUACUUUAUAAGCGACGUUGACUUUGCUGACCCGGCAAUUAUAAGCAAAAGUGAUGCUGGUCGUAGUCCUCAUGAGCUUCGAGGGGAGUUCAUGGUGCUACAAGAGCAUCUGUUGAUGGAAAUUAAAAAUGGCACGAAUGAUUCUCAGCCUACGGAUCCAGCAGUAUUUGUACACAAUGCUUCACUUAGCGGUCUGAAGUCAGGUACAACAUACCAUGUCUCUCUUACCACGGAAACAUUCGAGAGUCAUGGUGUUUUUGGAGAUUUUCCACCUCCAGUGCUUGUGAAUACGCAUCUUAGUCCACCAACAAUUCGUCAGGAAACACUUUUGAUUUAUCCUGUGGAUGGGUCAAGCUCUGCUCUUGCGAUAAAUUUCGAGCUUGACCGUUUUGGAGACGUGCACUACGCACUAUUAUUCCGCGGUCUCUUACCAGAUAGAAGUCAAGAGCUCCUAGCCAUUCAAGAGGAACCUCAAAGUUCUAAGAAUGCAACUAAUGAGUCUAUCGCGAUCUGGCCACCUGUUAUCAGCACCUUUAACUUAACGCAAUUAAAUGGCUCACUGCUUAAGACAGCAACGUUAGAAGAGCUUGGUAUGGGAGUUUGGAUUAAUGAUACGAUCUCGAUUUCACGAGAACAAAUGACGCGCGUUAAUACGACGCAUAAGCAAAUUGAUAACCUACCAGCUAAUGCGCUUUUUGACGUGUGUCUUGUGACUGAAACCGCUGCUAGCGGAGGUAUCUUGGGAUGGCCUUUAGACGGCAGUAAGACGGCGUGUCGACGUGUCAAAACACAUGCAGAUUACACGAACCAGUCCAAGUUGCUGGACGAAAUUUCUGUACUUCCGUCAAGUGGUCGAACUGACUCUGUUCGCAUAAUUCUUAACAUUUCAAAGCGAUUAGAUGCUCCGCUCAUGACGAACGGGACCAUUUUAAAUCGAUUUGCGGAAGCCACUGAUCGCGUACCAUACUUUGUGCUCAUUGACACUCACAAAAAGGCAAACCGUGAUCUUGGAGCCUACUUUUCGCAUCGAGGUGAAGUGACAAGUGCCUUCAAAAAUGCCUCACCUGGACGUGGUGAUGGCGUAGUUGCUGCUGGGAUGCUAUCGAAUAUAUCUAUUGAGAACGCAAGUGUUUUAACAAUUGAGCAAAAUGUUUUCGGGCUGGAUGCGAAUCAUGACUAUCUUUUAUAUUUUGCGUACGAGACGAGCAACAGCAACGGAGUUUUCACACAGGUGAAUCCACAUAAACAUAGAGAUAAUGAUUCUCGCACAGAAAUUGAGGGAAUCGCAGUCAAAACACACGAAGUUGCACCGCGUAUUGUCAAAGCCAAAGCACAGCCUACGUUUGGGUCCACUUCUCGUAUUACUGUUAAGUUUGACAUCGCAUGCGAUUCGUGCAAGAGUGCACUUGUUCAUAUUUUGGUCUUUCCAAUUGAUUGCAUCUUGACUACAUCAGUGAUGAAUACGCUACGUCUGAAUCAAUUAGCAGAGUCGGAGACGAACGUGACUAUCAACACAAAGCUGGAUAGUAGAGUAAAUGAAAGUAUUUGUACUCUACCGUUAGUACAGAAGCGCGUCGAAUUUCACAUGUCUGAUAGACAACACAAUAUAAAUGAUCUUGAAGAAGAAGUGGGAGAACAACAUGUGCUCUCUGCUAAUACAAGUUACAUGGUCCUAUUAGCGACAGAAACUGUCGGUGCAUAUGGAGUUUUGAGUUCAGCAUUCGAAAAGUUACAGGUUUGUACGCACGCGAUCGCUCCAAAGUUUACAAAAUUUCAAAUGCAGCCCCGAAUUGGAUCGACAACAGAAUUAGUCUUGACAUUUGCACUUGAUCGUCCUGGUGAAGUUCACUACAUGCUUGGACUAUCGGACAAUGCAGAAUUCAACGCCACUUCACCCUACAAUAUAAGCAGUAAAGGGAUGUCAAAUGGUAAUCGUCAUGGACGAGACCGAGACUUCCACAACUAUCGCUUGGAUGUUGUGCGCACACGACAAAGUGUAACCUUUUCAAACGGUGAACAUGUCGAGCUGCUUGACUUUUUAUUACCAGGCACAAGCUACAGUCUUUACCUUGUUUCGGAAGCAUUACCAGCGGAUCACGCGUACCCGACACCAGGAAGCACUGAAUCCAUCACUGUAGGCUUUCGAAUCGAUGCACCGGGACAUGUUUACUUUUCCAUUGUUGCAGUAAAACCCUGGGACCCCGCGUACCAUGUUGUGCACGGAAGCGAUAAAUUUGGCAACCGUCUCGCUCUACACGACCAACUCGUGACACAGGAAUUCGUGGAGGUUGACAAUGCGAGUAUGGAACACGAAAGCGACAGUGGAUGGCGAGAAGUAGCUUUAAAAGCUCCACAGACUGGCGUCAACUAUACUAUUCGUAUUGUAACUGAAACAAAAGAUAGUGGAGGUAUUUACGGCACUGUGGCCACCCACACUGGAGUUCGUACACACUCCGAAGCACCUGAAUUGGUAAAUGUAUCGGUGAAUCCAACAGAUGCCCGUGUGGAUUCUCUCACGGUCAAUCUCACGCUUAAUGAUCGUGGUCAUGUUCAUUAUGUUGUAGUUCCCAGCAAAUUUGGCUCUGAAGUUCCUAUAGACGAUAUCAUACAUGGAUCGACAGAAUUGAGCGUACGUGCGAGUGGUAUCAUUCACGUGAAUAUUACAACAGACCAGUCAACAAGUUUUGUGAUUACCGGGCUUACUGAAGGCACUUCAUACAAUCUUUACUUUCGUUCUGAAACAUUCGAAAGCUAUGGUGUCUUUGGAUCGUGGACGAGAGAGGCUAUAACAGCUCGAACGCACGGUCUCCCAGCAGACAUACUUCCAGAAGCACUAGAGUGCAUAGUCACCCCGUCUUGUGAGGACCUUGGACGGGAGCCAUGUUCGCGUAAGGUGAAUGUUUGUGGCAAGUGUCUUGAAGGAUAUGGAAUGGAAAGUGAGGAAGAGAUACUGGAAGGUAAUCAACGAUGCGUUAAGCUAACACCCAUGAGAGUCAGCCGUGGUCCGACAAUCAAGAUAAAUGGUGUGACGCGUAAUCCUAACUUACAAAUGUCAGAUGUGGAGAGUGAAGCGCCUAACAAUGUCGAACUUGAGCAUGAGUCAACGGAUGAGAUCGUGCUUGAACAGGAGCCUAUCGAUCUGAGUUUAGCGAUGGAUUUAUUUGAAACAAUUGAAGAAGUUGAGAAACCUUCGAACACCAUAAAUGAAGAAAAAACAGAAUUCAACAAAGCUCAAACGGAGCCACUUGCGAGUCAAAAUUCUUCCCAAGAGGCAUUAGACCAACCUGUCGAGGGGGAAACGUCGGUCAAAGUCGCUGACACUAUUGAACAAAACCCAAGUCCAAGCUCUUCAGAAGUUUCCAAAUGUCCUUCAAACGCACAACCGAGUGCUUCUGGGCUAUGCGAGUGCAUUUCCAAUUAUGAGGUUGACGAAAGCGGUACUAGCUGUGUUUUAUCAGGUAUAAUUACCGAUGCUGAAAAUGCAACAUCAACGACUUUUGACGUCUUCAACAUGCAUCACCAUGUAACGAGCCAAAGUACAUAG